AACCAGGGUGGUACUCGACGGCCGUGGGAUUGAAGGAGAAGAACCCUCGACUCAAGGUCCUCUUGGCCGUCGGCGGAUGGAACGAAGGCUCGGAGUCCUAUUCUCGCAUGGCUUCUCGGCCCGAAACACGUCGCAAAUUCGUCGCAUCCGUCCUCGAACUCCUCAAAGUCGGCGUCCCGUCUUCGCGUCCGUUCGCGUGCGAAAUGAGGACGCCGACGUCGACCGAACGACCCCGGGAACGCCCGACUCGAGACGACGCCCUUUCGACGAGAAGAUCGACACCUUCUCCCCGCCCUCCUUUCCACGGCGAGAGGGACGAGAGGGACGAAAGGAACGAGAGGGACGAGAGAGACAUCGACUUCCAUUUUGUUCGCGUUCCGAUCCGAAAGGUUCUCGAAAUGCUCGUACGUCGAUAUCCGAUCGGUGGAAAUCCUCGUCGUCGCUUUUCGUCCCUUGUCGACUCUCGCGUCGGGGACGAGCACCGUUCGAUGCGUUCGAUCCGUACGCCACGGAUCGACGGGAAGAGCAUCCGAACCGCAGCGGUCCGAUUCGAACGUCGACCUCGUUCGUUCGCCGCGUCUGCCCCAAGGCCGUCGCUCUGGGUUCGUCCGCGUCUCGUCCGAAGUACUCCCAGCGCGUUCGGUCACUCCCGGUGCUCGUUCGGUACUCGAGAGCCGAAAACGAUGCACGAUCUCCUCGGGACGAACGCUUUCGUGCCUCGUUUGUCGAAAUCCGACGUGCAAUUUCGACCACAGGCCGAUCCGUGCGUUCUCGACGUCGAAGUGCUCGAGACCGUGACGGGCACGUG